AUGGACCUACCCGCAGAGUUGCGCCUCAUGGUCUACAAGCGCCUACCCCGUCAGAUCAAGCACACUGAGAUUCGCUAUGUGACUGGAUAUUACGCCAGCACGAACGAGAAGAUCGGCUCAACAGUGGUCGUGGUCACACGUCACCUCCCAGUAGCUAUCUUGAGGACAAGCCGUCAGGUCUUUGCCGAGGCGGGUGGCAUCGUCGCAAAUCUGAUCCGGACUUUCGUGACGGAGUCGCAGCCACGGGUCAUAGGCCAUGACACCGACCUGGUCGCAUUACAAGAGCUCAUCUACCUUAUGCGCACGGAACGCAAAGCCUAUCUGAACAUCUCCUACAUCCUCCCAGCAACCGGCAUGUCGACUGACCAGCACAAUUCUUUCCCGUUCAUGAGGCUUCCCGUCGAGCUGCGCCUAAUGAUCUAUGAGCGGCUGCCACGCCAGAUAAAACACACCGAGAUCUCUAUAGACGGAGCCGUGGCUGUACUGGUCACAAGACAUCUGCCGACCGCCAUACUACGUACGAGCAAGCAGGUCCAUUCAGAAGCACGCACCAUUCUAGAGGAACUAGUCCGACAUUUCAUCGAAGAGUCACCGACCAAGCUCAUCGAGUUGGGCAAAAGCGGGACAAAGAUGAGACAAAGCAAGGUACUCCAGUACUUCAUAUCACAAAUCCCCCGCGAGCGUAUGGCUGUCGAAGAUGAUAAGAAGUACGAUAUCCAAGCUAUUCUCCAGAGACUACCUAAGUCCAGUGGACUCCAACCUAUCGAUCACGGCGCGACACCCAACAUCGCUCGCUUCUUACACCAAGCUGCUAGAGCUAGGUACCGUCCUGAUGACGACCAUUUCUACGACGCUGCCGGCGGACUAUGGAACAACACCGUCGUUACAGUCUUCGCGGCCCGCACUUCUUACAAGAACGAAGAAGAGUUCCAAUGCUUCGCCGAGAUUAACCACAGACACAUUCGACAUAUGUACCAUCAUGGGGAGAUGCCGCACUUUCCGCACGAUAUAUGGAUUCGAGAUGGUGGUAUUAUACAGGUCGAAGGAGAUGCCUCUCUGGAGAGGGCGAUUGACAAGGUUCCGAUGUUAUGUCAGGAUGGCUACGAUGACUGGGGUAAGAGGACCGGGUCUGUGGGGGAUUUGUGGGGGCCGGCUAUGAGGAGAGAGGAUUGGGAUGGGGAGUGGCUUCCUUCGUAG